AUGAUACUUUUUUAAAGUAAAAUUCAAGUAAUCAUCUUGAAAAAUUUCCAAUUGAUGCAAAAUCUCCAAAAAUAAUGUCUGUAAAAGAAAAAAAAGAAGGAGUUGUAUAAAGGUUGUUUGAAAGUAAAUUUAAAUAGAUUAUUUAUAGUUUAGAUAAAGACCAAUAAUUUUAAUUUAUAACAAGUUGGUAAUGAAAUGCUGAAACCCUCAUAUAAAAGAAACUUAAAAAAUUUAGAUUUAGAAGAUAGCAGUUUAGAUAAUACAAGUAAAAUGCCUGUAAACUUGGCUAAAUCCAGAAAAAUAUCUUAAAACAAUACAGCGCUUUAAUCUCCCAUGGAUAAAGAUAUUCCAAGCAUUAAUAAAUUGGUAAUGUAUAAGUAAAUUGAAGGAAAAACUUUCGCAUAUGAAAAUUAUGUCAAGAAACUAGAAAAUAUUAAAAAAAAAGACUCAGUUGAAUAUAAUAAAUUCUCUUAGACUUAGCAUUUGUAUGAUAAUUUUAUAAACGAAAAGAUUGAAAGAACACAUCCAAUUAUAAUUGGCCUCUCAUCAAACUACAAAAUAAAUUCCCCAAAUACUAAAUAAACUUCGGAUAGUGACUAUAAAAGGCACAAAAUAAAAAAGUCUUAAUAUUUAGUGAGAACAGCCAUAAAAUAUCUAGAAAAUUAAAGAGAGCAUGAAAAUUUGUCUAAUUAUGAUAAAUCUUUUUAGAGGCUGAAAUAAAAUGCACUUUAAGUGAAAUAAAAUAGCUAAAUAAAUGAAAAUCCCUCAUUCACAAAAGGAGAGUUAGAAAUUUUAAAAAGGUACAAGGAAAAAAACUUAAAAUAAACUGCUGAAGAAUAAAGAUAGUAAAAAAAAAGAAUUUAGAAAAACUUUAAGAAGUAGAGAUCUAUGAGUAGCUCAGAAAAUCCAAACUCUAAUGGUUCAGAUUCUGAAAGUGACACCUCUGUAAAUUCAGAAUAGAGGAGGUUUAUGGAAAAGUAAAACGAUGUUAAUAAAAAGAUAAUGGAUGAAAUUGUAAACUUGAAAGAAAAAAUAUCUAAAAAAGCGAUUUAAAGAAAAUAUUUUUCUCAAUCAAAGGCAUAACACUUAAUUAAAUAUUAACAAAUUUUGGAUUGGGCUAAAAUCCAUAACAAGGAAAAAUUGCAAUCUGUAUAAAAAUUUGAGAAAAAGCUGGUAUAAAUCAAGACCAAUUCGUCUCCAAUAAAAGAAAAUGGAGAAAAUUCUUUUGAAAAUGACUAACAAUCAUAAUUUAAAUCAUAGGAGAUAAUGAAAAGAGUGCUGGAUUUAGAAAAGAAUAAGCAGUCAAACAAAAUUAGAUCACAAAUAGUUAAAGCAAAAAAUAAAAUUUCAUAUUUUCUCAAUUUUAAGCCUCUUAAUAAGCUUAAUAAUUAAUUGACCCCGACAAAAAAUGAAGUGAAUCAGUUUUACGAUAUACAAACCUUCACUCCAAUAAAUUAGCAAUAAAGAAGGAGUACUUUUUCAAGAAGCAAAGCUGUUAGUGAUGGUUCAGAUUAAGAGUAGGAUAAAGGUGGAUUUUCAUAUCAUAUAGAUUUUAAGCACAGGACAAAUAAUCACUCUCCAAAAUAAUAAAACCAAGUUGAUUCAAACACAUUUUUAACUCCUUCGAACCGUAAAAAAUCUACCAGUCUUUCUAAGCAAGAAGAAAAAAAUGCUUUAAAAAUUUAAAAUAAUAUUGAUUACCAAAAAAUAUUUAUAAAUGGUUUAGAGGAUGUUAUCAACGAUAUACACAAAGGGAAUUAUCUUUGA